AUAACUCUUCUGGUAGUGUUGCUAUAGGUAGCAAGUUGCACAGAUUCUGGAAAACUGAAACCUCUUAUUUUCUCUCCAAGAUGUAUCUGAUGACUGCAAGACACCGUAUACCUCUAAGUGAUGGAAACAGCAUACCUAUCAUUGGGCUGGGGACCUUCUCUGAUACUUACACAAAAUCUUCAGAGACCUGUUUGGCAUCAGUGAAAAGAGCCAUUGAUCUGGGGUAUAGACAUUUUGAUGGGGCCUCCCUCUACAGGAAUGAGCAUGAGGUAGGGCAGGCCAUAAGAGAGAAGAUAGAAGAAGGAAAGCUGAAGAGGGAGGAUAUUUUCUACUGUGGAAAGCUGUGGGCUACGUGUUUCCUCCCAGAGUUGGUCCGCCCCACCCUGGAAAAGACACUCCAGCACCUCAAGAUGGAUUAUGUGGACCUUUACAUCAUUGAAAUGCCCAUGGGCCUGAAGCCAGGAAAGGAAUUUUAUCCUAGAGAUAAGAAUGGAAAAUGGUUGUAUCACAAAGCAGAUCUGUGUGCAAUUUGGGAGGCCUUAGAAGCUUGCAAAGACGCUGGCUUGGUGAAAUCUCUUGGAGUCUCUAAUUUUAACCGGAGGCAGCUGGAGAGCAUCCUGAACAAACCAGGACUCAAAUACAAGCCGGUAUCCAACCAGGUUGAGUGCCAUCCAUAUUUCACCCAGCCAAAACUCUUAAAAUAUUGCCAACAACAUGAUAUUGUCAUCGUUGCAUAUAGCCCUUUGGGGACUAGUAGGAAUCCACAAUGGGUGAAUUUAUCUUCUCCACCUUUGCUAGAGGAUGCAUAUUUAAACUCAGUGGCAAAAAAGUACAAUAAGACAGCAGCUCAAAUUGCUUUACGUUUCAAUAUUCAAAGAGGAGUGGUUGUCAUUCCUAAAAGCUUUAAUUUUGAAAGAAUGAAAGAAAACUUUCAGAUCUUUGAUUUUUCUCUCACUGAAGAGGAAAUGGCCAACAUUGAAGCCUUAAAUAAAAAUAUCCGCUAUGUGGACAUGUUUAUGUGGACUGAUCACCCUGAUUACCCAUUUUUUGAUGAAUAUUGACUUCAGAGAGCUCAACUACUUUCCUCUUUAGGUCAAGACAGCAUGCUGGGUAGUUCCCACAGAAGAAAAUCUAAACAGAUUUUACUACCUCUAGAGGAUUUAGUAAUAGGAACAUGUCACACUUAACAUCUGUGUAGUUCAAGUGUGCUACAUUUUAAAGAACAAAACAUUUGAAUGUAGUGAAAUAACUUUUCAGAAAUUACAGACUGAUUUUUUUACACUUAUGUUUUCUUCCAUUGACUAUAGACAAAAUCACAUUAAAGUUUACAAAAUACUUCAAAAACAGUUUAUAAAUUCAAAUAACUCAUAAAUAUAGGUACCGUUGUUGAGAGUCUGAGUUCUUCAGCUCUUGAAAAGACAACAAAGGGCAUAGGGUUGGCAUGCACCCGGUGCCUGUGGAGGACUUAAUGAUUUGUGUCAAUGAAUGCAAUACUGGAAUAGCCAAAAUAAGAUCUCUACUUGCAUUAUUAAUGAGUAAGUGAUUUGCAAUGCCAUAAGUAGAGAAAGAGGGCAAAGUAUCUAGAAGUAUUUUUACAAGGGAGCUAAUUAAACACAAAAUGGUCAGCAAAGAUACAAUGAAUGUCAUUCCUAAGAACUAAGUUGUUCAGUUAAAGCCUUGGGCCAUAUCAAAUAGUUAUUCUAAGUGUGCCAUUUAUAGUGGAGGAAACUUCAACUAUAUACUGUUAGUUUUGACCAUUAUGAUGCUGAAGACUGACUCACAAAAAUGUGCCUUACAAGUAUCCCAUGCCUGUGUGACCAACUCUAAUGAAAAAAAUUGAGCCUCAAUCAUUAUUGGGAUAAGUAAACACUGCCUGAACAACUCUACCAGAAGAAAAUAACCAAAUGUGUGCCUGGUUUCCUUCUUUGACUCUACCUUAUGCUCCUUUAAGUGUAGCU